UUUCAGAUAAAAAUUGAGCUGCCAACAAAACUUCAUAAGAAACAUCAUAUUCUGUUUUCAUUUUAUCAUGUUACCUGUGACAUAAAUGCAAAAGCUAAUACCAAAAAGAAAGAGGCCCUGGAAACCUCAGUGGGAUAUGCUUGGCUGCCUUUGCUGAAAGAUGAUCAACUAAUAUCUCGAGAACAUAGCAUACCAGUGGCAACCAUUCUACCUCCCUCUUAUUUAAAUCUUCAGGAUCCUGCAGUUGGGAAGCAGAGUGGAAGUGAUAUUAAGUGGGUCGAUGGAGGAAAGCCACUCUUCAAAGUGUCACUGUUUACUGUGUCCACUGUUUACACUCAGGAUCCAUAUCUGAAUAGAUUUUUUCUACAGUGCCAGAAAAGAAAAAGAGAUUUCUCACAGCCACCUACCUCAAGUUUUAUCAUCUCCUGUAAGAAUUUACUUAAAAUUGAGAAGAUCCAUGUCAUUGUGAAUUUUCUUCCUGUGAUUCUGAAUCAGCUGUUCUGGGUUCUUAUACAAAACAAAGAGGAUGAGGUAACAACUGCUAUGACCAGGGUCUUUACUGAUAUUGUGGCCAAGUUCCAUGAAGAAAAAUUAGAUCACUAUAUUCAAUCAUAUAUAAAGUAUGUAUUCAAAACUAAGACAUUUGAAGAACGGACUGUUCAUGAAGAACUGGCCAAGAGUAUGACUGAUCUGUUGCAGUCAAAUGAUCAAAGGACUGUGAAGCUUGUUCUGAAGCACACCUGGUUCUUUUUUGCAAUUAUAUUAAAAUCAAUGGCACAGCAUUUGGUUUAUACAAAGAGAGUACAGAUUACUCGUGCUCAGAGGUUUCCAGAAUCAUACAAAACUGAACUAGAUAAACUUGUAAUGAACAUAUCAGAUCAUGUUAUUUGGAAACACAGAGAAGCUUUUGAAGAGACAAAGAAUGCAAGCCACAGCGUUGGAAGGUUUCUGAAGCGAUGUUUCACAUUUAUGGAUCGUGGAUUUGUAUUUAAAUUAAUCAAUAACUAUAUAAGCAUGUUUGGACCAGGUGAUGACAAGAUUUUGUUCCAGUAUAAAUUUGAUUUUCUUGAAGAAGUAUGUAACUAUGAACACUUCAUUCCUCUCUGCCUACCCCUGAAGUCUGCAAACAUUCCAGAUCCAAUCACACCAUCAGAAACAACCCAGCAGUUUCAUGCAUCAGAUGUUCCUGAAUAUAUUGUGACAAAUGAAUUUUGCCGGAAGCAUUUUUUAAUUGGAUUACUUCUUCGAGAGGUUGGGUUCGCACUCCAAGAAGACCAGGAUAUCAGACACAUGGCCCUAGCCAUGCUCAAAAAUCUGAUGGCAAAACAUUCAUUUGAUGAUCGAUAUAGCGAUCCGGAGAAGCAGGCAAAAAUAGCAACCUUGUAUAUGCCUCUUUAUGGGAUGCUUUUGGACAAUAUGCCAAGGAUAUAUCUGAAAGAUAUGUUUUUAUUCAAUAUAAAUACAUCUAAUCAGGGAUCUAGAGAUGAUUUGAGCACCACUGUAGGAUUUCAGAGUCAGACAACAAUGAAACAUGCAAAUUCAGUUGAUACUUCUUUCUCCAAAGAUGUUCUUAAUUCAAUUGCAGCUUUUUCAUCAAUAGUUAUUCCUGCAGCAAACCGUGCUGACUCCAGAGGUUCCCUUGGAAGUCUUGACUCUAACCCAAGUACCAAUGAAAAGAACAGUGAAAUAAAUGAAGCCUGUGAGAAGAUUGUAAGGCCAUUGUCUCUGAUUGGAUCAGCUCUUCGUUUUGACAAAUUAGAUCAAGCAGAAACAAGAAGUCUCUUAAUGUGUUUUCUUCAUAUUAUGAAAACAGUUUCAGAAGAUACACUGAUCUCCUACUGGCAGAGGGCACCAUUUACAGAAAUAACAGAUUUUUUCAGCAUUUUAGAGGUUUGCCUUCAGAAUUUCAGAUAUCUAGGAAAACGAAAUAUAGUAAGGAAAAUUGCUGCUGCAGUUAAGUUUGUUCAGACCACCCGGAAUAAUGGAACAUUGAAAGGCUCCAGUUCAUCCUGUCAAACCUCUGGACUUCUGCCACAGUGCCAGUUUUUUCCAUCAGCAUUCUUCCAAGGGCAAGCUGACUUGUGUGGCUCAUUUUGUUAUGAGAUUCUUAAGUGUUGUAAUCACAGAUCACAGUCAACACAGAUGGAAGCCUCUGCUCUGCUUUAUUUUUUCAUGAGAAAGAACUUUGAAUUUAAUAAGCAAAAGUCAAUAGUAAGGUCCCAUUUGCAGCUCAUCAAGGCUGUAAGCCAACUGAUUGCAGAUGCAGGAAUUGGAGGUUCUCGAUUUCAGCAUUCUCUGGCAAUUACAAAUAAUUUUGCUAAUGGAGACAAACAGAUGAAAAACAGUAACUUCCCAGCAGAAGUGAAAGACUUGACCAAACGCAUAAGAACAGUUUUAAUGGCUACGGCUCAAAUGAAGGAACAUGAGAAGGAUCCUGAGAUGCUGGUGGACUUACAGUACAGCUUGGCAAAUUCAUAUGCAAGUACACCUGAAUUACGUAGGACCUGGUUGGAGAGUAUGGCCAAAAUUCAUGCAAGAAAUGGAGACUUAUCUGAGGCUGCAAUGUGCUACAUCCAUAUAGCUGCCCUUAUUGCUGAAUAUCUGAAGAGAAAGGGUUACUGGAAAAUGGAAAAGAUUUGUACCUCUCGCCUGUUCCUGGAAGAUGCUGAACUCUCUGAUAAUAAUAUCUUACUAACAACUCACCUUGGAGGAAGCUUGUUUUCUAUGGGAUGGCCAGCUUUUCUCAAUAUUACACCAAAUAUUAAAGAAGAAGGAGCAAUGAAAGAAGACUCUGGAAUGCAAGAUACACCAUACAAUGAGGACAUCCUUGUGAAACAGCUGGAAUUAUGUGUUGACUAUCUCUGGAAAUGUGAAAGAUACGAACUCAUUGCUGAAGUAAACAAGCCAGUCAUUGCAGUAUUUGAGAAACAAAGAGAUUUCAAAAGGCUGUCAGAAUUGUACUAUGACAUCCAUAGAUCCUAUCUGAAAGUCGCAGAAGUUGUGAAUUCUGAAAAGCGCUUAUUUGGACGAUACUACCGUGUGGCAUUUUAUGGCCAAGCUGUGGGCUUUUUUGAAGAGGAAGAGGGUAAGGAAUAUAUUUACAAAGAGCCCAAAUUAACAGGCCUAUCUGAGAUCUCUCAGCGACUGAUGAAACUUUAUGCAGACAAGUUUGGAGCAGACAAUGUGAAGAUAAUCCAAGAUUCCAAUAAGGUUAACCCGAAAGACCUAGAUCCUAAAUAUGCAUAUAUCCAAGUAACCUAUGUCACACCCUUCUUUGAAGAGAAAGAAGCCGGAGAACGUAAGACUGACUUUGAAAUGCAUCACAAUAUCAACCACUUUGUGUUUGAAACGCCGUUCACCUUGUCAGGAAAGAAGCAUGGGGGCGUAGAAGAGCAAUGCAAAAGACGGACAAUUUUGACAACUAGCCAUUUAUUUCCAUACGUGAAGAAAAGGAUACAAGUCGUAAAUCAGACCAGCACAGAACUGAACCCCAUAGAAGUAGCUAUUGAUGAGAUGUCCAAAAAAAUUUCAGAACUCAAACAGCUUUGCACAAUGGAAGAGGUAGAUAUGAUUCGACUCCAGCUGAAGCUACAAGGAAGUGUCAGUGUCAAGGUAAAUGCAGGACCAAUGGCUUAUGCUCGAGCAUUUCUUGAAGAAACCAAUGCUAAGAAGUACCCAGAUAACCAAGUUAAACUUCUGAAAGAAAUCUUCAGACAAUUUGCAGAAGCAUGUGGACAAGCUCUUGAAGUUAAUGAACGCCUUAUUAAGGAGGAUCAGCUGGAAUAUCAGGAAGAAAUGAAAUCUCAUUACAGGAACAUGCUCAGUGAGCUCUCAGAGAUUAUGAAUGAACAGCUCUGUCAUGGUCAGUGCUUAUACAACUUUUCUGCUUCACUGUCUAACAUUUCCCUCAAUACCAUAGCCAAAAGUGAUCACUUACAAGGAGGAUUCUGCAAAGCGUCCAGGAGUGGAAACACCUUAUUCCCAUGCAAUCAGUAGAACAAUCACUGCCCCACCUGGAUCACUUUCAUCAAAUGCAGAUAUUUCGUAACUGCCUUUGAUUAUGAACUGGAUAAUUUUGGCGCUAUUUUGCAAAACAAUGUAGGCAAAUCCUGGAGGAU